AUGGACCUCCUCCAAACUGUCCGCAAAGAAGGCUCCCGCGGCGGCGUCAACUUCACUUGGGACGAUGUCAAAUCCAGCCAACACCGCGAGAACUACCUCGGCCACUCGGUCAUGGCGCCCGUGGGUCGCUGGCAAAAAGGCAAAGAUCUGAAUUGGUACGCCAGAGCAGAUGAAGCGGAGCUCACGCCCGAAGAGCGGGCCGAGAGGGAGCGCGAGAGGAAGAGGGAGGAGUUGAGGAAGGUGAAGGAGGCGGAGGAGGAUGCCAUGGCGAGGGCGCUGGGGUUGCCGGUGCCGGAUCGGACAGGUGCGAAUAAUGAGCCGCUUGGGGAGGGGAAGAUUAGUCAGAGGGACGUGAAUAAGGCGUGGAAGGAGGCGCUGGGGGAUGGAGAUGAGGAAGAGGAGCAGAAGGGGGUUGGGCAUGGCCAGAGUUCGAAAGAUGAGAGGCGGAGGGAUAGGAGUCGGGACAGAAAGCGUGACGGUCGAAGGAGAGAAAGCACGAUCGCAGUCGCGAGCGACGGGACGAUGAUCGACACAGGCGAAGGCGAGACUACGAUGAGCGCUCGCGUAGCCGUGAGAGACACAGCAGACGUCACAGGAGCAGAUCGAGGUCUCCGUAUGACGACAGACGCCGGCGCCGAGAUGACCGAUGAAUUACGAGCUACGGACAAUACUGACUACGUUAACAAUACUUGUUCAUUACAACCACCUCCAAACUCCAAACCCAUCAUAGGACAACAUCAUCGGGACGCGCCAACUCGCCAGCCAACCUUGACAUAG